GUUUGCAAUAACCGAAACCUCAACAAUGCUGCCAGCCGGAGAUCUUUAGGACAAGCAAAACUCAAUCAAUCAAUGUCCAGAAAAUGGAGAGGAUGUACUCCACCAGUUAGUUACCUUGCAUUACCUAGCACUAGACAGGUAGUCGAUCUGAGAUCAGCCUCCACUCACCAACCAAGCCCAGCAAAAUAAUAUCACACAUGAAAUUAAGGCAAGGGAAUAAUAAGUCACAGUAGUCAUGAUUAUUGGACGUCUUGUUUGUCUUUA